AUGACGGUGCGUCGCACGGAGGAGCUGCAGGAGUGGAUCUGUAGCGUCACAGCCACAGCCAACGACCAUGGCGAGCACCUUUCGGUGAUGCUGCGCGACGGCCAGUUGCUGUGUCUGCUCGCCAACGGCGUGGACCCGACUGCGAAUCUCAAGGUGAACAAGCUCAACACAGUUUUCCACUCAAAGGCCAACCUGCGCCUCUUCCUCGAGUGGUGCAAGAAGCAGGGUCUGAAUGAGGGCGAGAUUUUUCAACCAGACGACCUGCUGGACGCCGACGCGGACUUCAGUACUGUGCUUGAGACGCUCUCUAUACUCUUCGACAGGUUUGGCACUAUCGGCUACACGGGCGAAUACGAAGAGGACCCAGUGUCUGAUGCAGAGUCUAUGACGUCCACAGGCAGCUCGCAGGGAACGUCGCCCGUCAAGAAAACGAACAGCAACAACAAACUUACGAGUUUCAUGAAAGGAGGCUUUUUAUCAAGAAAAAAGAAGUCAAGCAAGAAAGUGGUGGACAAAUCCCCCGAGAGAACUCCCCCGUCGACGCCUCCACCAAUGUCACCGCAGGUUGGAGGGGGAAUGAUGUCUCCGUCGGGCUCCCCGCCUUCGACGCCACCUCCGAAGGACACAAGGAGCAACAGUGGAGGUGCCAACGCCAACCGGUUGAACGCCUUCUUAAACCAAGUGCCCGCGUCACACGCGUCCCCGUUGACACAUGCUGAGCGUCCGUCAGGUCCGCCCAAGAAGGCCAACACGGCGAGGAAGCCACCGGCACCAAAGCAGCCAACUGUCAGGAGACCGCCGUCACCCAAGCAGCCUCCCAAGUCGCAGCCUACUGUCGGUGACACCCGCAACAAGUUCGCGGCCUUUAUGAAGUCCAACCCGCCUGCUGUCGAGACGACACCAGCCUCGGGCUCGUACACCGGGUCUGCAGGCAACAAACCACCUUCCCCACCCAAGUCUGCCCCUGUCCGAGGUCGUGACACGUCAAGCGACCAGUUCGCCCAACGUAAGGCGGUCUUCACUCAAGGCAAUAGCAGUCCGAAGCCAGACAAGCCCGCACCUGCUCCGUCGAAGCCAACUGUCAGCACAGGAGGUGGGAACAAGCUUAACAACUUCAUGAAGCAGCAACCGUCUGCUUCACCUGCUUCCUCGACGAAACCUCGUUCGCAGAGCAAGCUGGCGGCUUUCCUGGCGACGACGAACUCGGUUCCUUCUCUUGCGACGACACCUUCUGCCGCGCCACCAAAGCCGACGUUUGGUUCGUUCAACCCAACUAAGAACGCUCCGGCUGGUGGUCGAUCAGCUCCCAAGUCAACGCACAGCGCCCCUACUCCUGCAGCACCGACGCCGUUCAAGCCACGUCACAUGAUAGAGCGCUCCACAGGUCGUGGCAACUACGUGCGUAAGCGUCAGACGUCCUGGGUGCCUCCUAAGCGUCGACGCAGCAACUUCAGCUUGGAGAAGAAGCGAAAGUCGUUCAUGCAAGAGCAGUUGGAGAUUAAGGAGGAACAACUCCGUCAGCAGGCUGCAGGUGCCAGCAACAAGCAGAAUUUGAUCGUGCCAGGUGUGCAAUGCUACAUUCCUGACAAGGAGGAAGUGUGGCUGCUCUCCGAGAUUGUGAACUACAACGAUCGUCGAAAAGAAGUUACGAUAACGGCUUUCUUGGACUCGGGUGAUUCAGAGCAGCGCGUUGUGGAUCUCAAGAACCCGGACGUCAUUCGCGCGGUUGCUGGCCCGACAGCCACCGAGGUGGAGUCACUGCCGGUUGCAAUUCUUCACGAUAACCCGGAAGGUGUGGAGGACAUGCGUCUGCUCCGAUACUUGAACGAACCUUCGAUUUUGUUCAACUUGAAGCAGCGUUUCGCCGCCUCCAAGCCUUACACGUACACUAACGACAUUGUGAUCGCUGUCAACCCGUACAAGUGGAUCGAUAACCUCUACGGUGACCAUCUGCAUGAGCAGUACCUGAAGAAGCCGCGCGACUCGCUGCCUCCACACGUGUACUCAACGUCGACUGCUGCCUACAACCACAUGAAGACGAACGAAAUUAACCAGAGCAUUCUGGUAAGUGGAGAGUCAGGUGCCGGUAAGACCGAAACGACCAAGAUUGUGAUGAACCACUUGGCCAGUGUGGCUGGUGGUCGCAAGGACAAGACUAUUGCAAAGGUCAUUGACGUGAACCCUCUGUUGGAGUCUUUCGGUAACGCCAAGACGACACGGAAUGACAACAGCUCGCGUUUUGGUAAAUUCACGCAGCUCCAGUUCGACGGUCGAGGAAAACUGAUCGGUGCUAAGUGCGAAACGUACUUGUUGGAGAAAUCGCGUGUGGUGUCGAUCGCCGAGGGAGAGCGCAACUACCACAUUUUCUAUCAGCUUCUGGCGGGUCUGCCCAGUCGCGAGCGCAAGGAAUUUGGUCUGGAUCCUGACUGUCAAUACCAAUACGCUGGUUCUCUUGCGGAGAUGCAGAUCCCUGGUCUGGAUGACGCGAAGUGGUUUGCAAGCACGCAGAAGUCGCUGUCCAUCAUUGGACUGGACGGUAGUGCACAAAAGACGCUGUUCAAGAUCCUGGCGGGUGUGCUGCUGCUUGGUGAGGUCAUGUUCGACAAGAGUGGGGAGAACGGAUCGCGCAUUUCAAGCGGUUCGGCGCUGUCCCAGGUAGCUAAGAUGUUCGGUCUCCCUACGACCAGAAUCGAGGAAGCACUUUGCAACCGUACAGUUAUCACUCGCAACGACAGUGUGACGGUGCCGUUGGCUCCUGUGGAGGCAGCUGAGAACCGUGAUGCGCUGGCUAAGACGAUUUACUCCAAAUUGUUCGACUGGAUGGUGGUGAAGAUCAACGCUGCUAUUAGCACGGACGAGAGUCGCAUCAAGGGCCAGAUCGGUGUGCUGGAUAUCUUUGGUUUUGAGGAUUUCGUCCACAAUGGCUUUGAACAGUUCUGCAUCAACUACGCGAACGAGAAGUUGCAGCAGAAGUUCACCACCGAUGUGUUCAAGACUGUGGAGGACGAGUACAUCCGCGAAGGGUUGCAGUGGGAUCACAUUAAGUACCAGGACAACCAGGGCAUUGUCGAAGUGAUUGAAGGUAAGAUGGGUAUCAUUGCUCUGAUGAACGAUCAUCUUCGUCAGCCUCGUGACACGGAAGAAGCUCUGGUAAACAAGAUACGCACGAACCACCAGACCAAGAAGGGCGGCGGCGUGAACGAGAGUAUCGACUUCCCCAAGGUCAAGCGUACGCAGUUCAUCAUUAACCACUACGCUGGCCCCGUCACGUACGAGACUGUGGGAUUCAUGGAGAAACACCGCGAUACACUACAGAAGGACCUGCUUGAUUUGAUCCAGCUCAGUAGUCUGUCACUGCUUCCAGAGCUCUUUGAAGACGCUGAGGCAACGUCGGAGGGCGUCAGUGGACGUGGCAAGAAGGCUCCGAAGAGUCUUGGCUCUCAGUUUAAGACAUCACUGACGCAGUUGAUGGACAACAUCAAGACCACCAACUCGCACUACGUACGUUGCAUCAAACCCAACUCGAACAAGAGUCCGACAGAGUUCAACAAGCGCAUGAUCGUGGAGCAAUUGCGAUCGGCCGGCGUGAUCGAAGCCAUUCGUAUCACACGCUCUGGAUACCCGAGUCGUCUGACCCCGAAGGAACUUGCUACGCGCUACGCUAUCAUGUUCCCGCCGUCCAUGCACAGCAAGGAUGUCCGUCGUACGUGCAGUGUUUUCAUGACAUCGAUCGGUCGGAAAUCGCCACUGGAGUACCAGAUGGGUAAGACGCUGAUCUACUUUAAGAACGGUGUCAUGGAAGAGCUGGAGGCCAUGAAGUCCGAUUUCAUGUACUACGAAGCACGCACCAUCCAGCGUAUCGUGUUCGGCUUCUUGGAACGUCGUCGUCUGCGUAACAAGAUCCGUGCUGCUAUCGUAUUGCAGUCGUACGCACGUAUGUCGUUGGACUUCAAGGAGUAUCACUUCCAGCGUCGUGCGAUCAUCAAGAUCCAGCGUGGCUGGAAACAAUACAAAUCCAUCCCCAUUGAGCCCCAGUACGACGAGGAUUACAACGACGAUGGUCAAUGGGUGGACGAGGCCGAUGACAUCGACGACUUGGAUGCUGACGAGGGCUUUGGCGAUGACCCGGCAUCGAUCCGCGCAGGGCGUGGCCGGUCAAUUGCGGACAGGAUGGAGUCGUUCAAGGUGGCUCACUCGGGUCGUCGUGGCAGCGUGAAGCGUUUGAACGAGCUGUCGGCGCGCGCCAAGAGCUUCAUGAAGCCACGAAGCGGCAGUGGCAGCACUUCGAGCUCGAGUGGCAUCUCGUUGGAGGAUGAGAACUCGAUGCUCAAGAUCGAGAACCGCAACCUGAAGUACGAUCUGGAACUGAUGCGUGAGCAGUGCAUCGAGCUACAAGCCAUCAUCCUCGAGAUCAACAAGAGCCGCAAGAGGUAA